GCGGCCCCGCGGCCUCCCGGAUCGCUUUAUUAUGCGAUCGCUGGUGGGGGGCGGUGUUCCGCAGCCUGGGGGCUCGCGGGGCCUCGCUGUGGGAGGGCGGGACCUCGGUGGGGAAGUGAUCCCACGUGGGUAGGGGAGGGCAAGGCUCAGAGGGACCUUGGGAGAGGCUUAGAGAGACUUUGAACCUUGCCCCGCCUAGAGACGGCAGAGUUCGGGCCCUAGAGACCCAAAGCGCCCGACGUUCCCUAGUCGCAGAGGAGAGAGGCAUGGACGGGCUUCUGAGUCCCAGGGAGUCUGCCAAGUUCAUUGCAGAAAACAGUCGGGAUGUGUUCAUUGACAGCGGAGGCGUGCAGAGGGUGGCCGAGCUGCUGCUGGCCAAGGCCUCUGGCCCGGACCUGAGCGUGGGGGCGUGGAAGGCCCUUCAUGAGCUGAAUCCCAGGGCGGCCGACGAGGCCGCAGUCAACUGGGUGUUCCUGACGGACACGCUCAACUUCUCCUUUUGGUCGGAGCAGGAUGAGCACAAGUGUGUGGUGGGCUACAGGGGGAGGACGUACACCGGGUACUGGUCUCUGUGCGCCGCGGUCAACAGAGCCCUGGACGAAGGAAUACCGAUCACUAGUGCUUCAUACUAUGCCACAGUGUCUCUGGAUCAGGUUCGGCAGAUAUUUCUUUCGGACACAGACGUUUCCAUGCCUUUGAUAGAAGAGAGGCAUCGAAUUCUCAAUGAAACCGGGAAAAUUCUGCUGGAGAAGUUUGGAGGCUCUUUUCUUAACUGCGUGCGCAAAAGUGAUAAAAGCGCACAGAAGUUAAUGCACUUGGUGGUUGAAAGUUUUCCUUCAUACCGAGACAUUACUCAGUUUGAGGGGAAAAGAGUUUCUUUUUUCAAACGAGCCCAAAUUCUUGUGGCAGAUACAUGGAGUGUAUUAGAAGGAAAAGGAGACGGCUGUUUUAAGGACAUCUCCAGUAUCACUAUGUUUGCUGACUACAGAUUACCCCAGGUUCUUGUUCACCUUGGAGCCCUGAAGUACUCUGAUGAACUAAUGAAGAAGCUUCUUAAAGGAGAAAUGCUGUCAUAUGGGGAUAAGCAAGAGGUGGAAAUCAGAGGGUGCUCACUUUGGUGUGUCGAGCUGAUCCGGGAUUGCCUUCUAGAGCUUAUUGAAAAAAAGGAUGAAAAGCCUAAUGGAGAGAUCAACUCCAUUCUUCUGGAUUAUUACUUGUGGGACUACGCUCGGGACCACAGGGAAGAUAUGAAAGGAAUUCCGUUUCACCGCACACGUUGCAUAUACUAUUGACCCCAAGUGUAAAAUGAUCCAAAGAAACCUCUCUACAUUUUUUAAAUCAUAUAAUCAUGUAUACCGUUUUGCUUUGAUAUUAAGAGAAAGUGGAGUUACAAUCAUGAGAAAAUUGAGUAUCCAGUAUCACUUCAAAAGAUUUUUCCUGAAGUCUUUUCCUGAAACAGUGAUAGCUGUGCAUUCUAACUUUAUCCCAUAUCUGCUUGUUGAGCUUUGACUCCAUCAUCUCUUUUUAUGGACACAGUUUACAUAGUGAAGAAACGUUAAUACUUUCUUUCAAUCUCAGAUUUCUUGAGGGCCAGCAGGUGGCACGAAGGUAAAGGCAGCUGGAUCCCACACAGCCAGCUUCAUGGUUUGAGCUCUGAAGUCGGGGAUGCUAUAGCUUGAAAAAAUCACACCUGACAUGUGUGCCCAAAACCCCCCUAGGAGAAUGAAGGAGAAGGGAUUAUGGCUUGACCAUCUCCCUAGCAGGGAUGUUUUCUCACUUUCCUUCCCUCUCUGAUAGGAAAAAAAAAAAAAAGAAAGAAAAGAAAGUAGGUUUCUUAACAUUAAUCAUGCCUUAUCUUGUGGUCAGUCUUCAGUGAUAGUAUUUUAUCUAUUCAAUGAUAGCUUUUUUCUAGGUGUAGGAGUCUUUUCCAUACCUUAAUCAUUUGCUAUAAAAGAGAAAGAGAAGGUAGGGUGUUUAAUGUAUGCAUCGCUAUUGCUCUCGUGAAAAUGAAUCUUGCCACUGGUUCACUUUUUAUUGAUAAAUGAUAGUGGGUUUUGUACAUCACGAUUUUCAAUUUGGUCUAUCUAUUUUCUGAGUAUUUUUUUUCCAAGAGAAUAUACUGGAAUUGAAUAAAGAUUUUCAAUUUUUUCUUU